AACCCUGUCCUGGGCAAUCCUUUCCAGCUCCUUCCAGUUGUAAUUCAUCCUUUUCAUAUGUCAUCACAAAAUUAAAUUGUUGAGUAGAUUUUCUAAGCAACUUAAAAGUACAACAUUAAUCUGAACAAAACUAAUAUUUGUGAGACUUUAAUUUAUGAACGACCUUUGAGAGACGCCAAAGUGACUUUAGGAGUGUCUACUUACUUAGUAAAUGGGGGUUAUAAAGCAGUUUGAAGAAUAAGGAUUAUGAUUUACAGUUGAUAAGGGUUAGCAAUUAAAUCGUAAAUCUGAUUGGAUCGUCCAUAAAUUAUAGUCUCGGCUAUUCGUUAAAGAUUAGACUUGGAAGUUUUGGUAAUCAUUUCGCUGGCUGAUGUAUACUUGGGAGAUAUAUAAUUGAUACCAGCUUUUGCUAAAGUGUACAUUUGUAAUUAUUAAGUAAUCUAUACCAUUUUAAAUAUUAGAGCAUGGAAAUCCUCAGAUGAACGACUAGAAAUUUUGCUAUGAAGGGGAUGAAAAUGUCGAACUCAAAGGAUCAAGCUUAUUUGGGUAAACCUAAAUCCAUUUCAAUAAUUUCGGGCAUGACAAUUUAAUCCCUUAUCAUUGUAUAGUCUUUCUCACGUAUUUUUGAUUCGUCGCAGCUUUUAUUCAUUUGACCUUAUUUAGCUUACGUAUAGAACUGUAUUACUUAGGAUAUCAGUGAUUAUCCCAUUUCUGCAGUCCAAUUUCAUCUCAUCAACACACUUUCAACAUUUGUGAAAUGAACUGAUUGUUUCAGAUACUGAAUAAUGUUCCACGCAUAUUCGUAUGUGAAAAUUGAUUGUUUAAUGGAAAAUUUAUUUACAUAAUAUUUUCGAAGUAAAUCUGUUCUAUAUUACAUCUACUGAAAGUUAAUUAGUUGAAUAUUAAUUCGGUGCAUUGAAAACCAUAACUGUUUUCUUCGCUAACAAUGUUUCAACCAAUUAUUGAAUGAAAACAUCUUGACAACAGAAAACACAAGUUUACUGUUCAAUUACAUUUCCAAUUUUUUUUAAAAAACCAAUCUAAACUGAUGUUUUAGAUUAAUUGCCAUUUAUGUAAUAAUAUUUGUAGCGCACUUGGUAUCUAUCCACCGGAAAAAUACAUGUUCAUGGUUCUAAUGUCAAGUUAUGGAAUAAUGGCUACUUUGAGUCAAUGGAUUUGGUGUUGGAAAGCUGGAGUUCAAAUAAGGAAAAUGAGAAGAUCCAUAAUACUUCAUUUUCUACGUGUAGUUGUUGUGGUAUUUAUGACGAUAGCUGGGAUGUGUAUAGUCGGACUUUCUUUUAUUAACACAAAAGAAAACAACGCUGAACAUUAUCAUUUGACUUUAUUGAAUUUUAUUUGUCAUGUUAUUGCAAUUCCUUGUGGAGCAGUUGUAAUCGCCUGUAUUUCAAACAAAUGGAUAUUAUAUUGUUUUGGAAGACUAUUUGUUGUUAUUCAAAUGGUACUGGCAUCUGCUUCAUUUGUACAUUUCAAUAUGAUUGGACUUAAAGUUUUAAAAGCGAAAGAUUUCUUCUAUAUCAAACCUUAUGAAUCGGGUUAUAUUGAAUUUGUAUGGAGUGCAGUAAGCGAAUGGUGCGUUGUUUUGGGUUGUGCAGAAUUAACAUUUAUUAUAGCUUUGGAACUUCGAGAUUUUCAAAAAUCCGUUAUGAAUUUACAAAGAAGUUCGAGUUUAGAUGUGUAGUUGGUUUAAAAGGAAAAGAUCCAAAAUGUAAAAGAUCAUUGAAUGAAAAUAGUACAAAGAUCUAGAAUUUCUGAUUGAAGAUAUUGUACAUAUAACUGACUAUUUAAAAUUACUUAGCUGAAAUUUAUAAACUUGAUAAAAGUUAGAAAUAGUGUUUUCGGUUAUUCAUAUAUUGAUUUUAU